UGCAAAAUUUUCUAAACUUGUAAGAUACAUUUUUUUUUUGGACUGGAUCAGAGGGUUAUUUCACAAGCCAGAUUAAUGAGAUUUUUGGAUGACAGUUACCUUUCCAAAGGUUACCCAGCUAUGUCCUUAUCCCUAUUUGUGAAGCUCUGGUCUAUGAUUUACUGUGCCGUCUGUAAGUAUUUGGACUUUUUAAAAGUUAUUUUUUUGCACUGUACUUCAGCACACUUAAGUUGAAAUAAAACAAUGACUAUGAAGUUAAAUGCAGACAUUGAGCUUUAAUUUAAUUUUCUAUACAUAGUCCCCCCUAUUUGAGAGGACCAAAAGUGAUUGGACAAUUGGCUGCUCACAUGUUUCUUGGACAGGUGUGUUAAGUUUCAUCAUUAUUUCAUGCAUGAAAGCGUGAGCAAGGUUCUACUAGGAGUGCCAUCUGCAUUUUGUCUCUCAACAUGAGGACCAGUGAAGCAGUAAAGCAGGCCAUUAUUAGGCAAAAAAAUCUGAAUAAGUCAAUCAGAGACAUAGCCAUAAGAUUGUGUGUCAAAAUCACCGGUUUGUUCCAUUGUUAAGAAGCAGGAAUGCACUAGUGAGCUUGCCAAUGGCAAACAACUUUGUAGACCACGAAAGACCAGUAUAGUGAAUGACCGAAUAAUCCUUCAAAUGGUGAAGAAAAAUCAAUUUGUAACUAUUCAACAGAUCCAGAAUGCUCUACAGAAUGUAGGCGUAGAUGUGUCAGACAACCAUCAAGAGAAGACUAUGCCAGUAUAACCUCAAAGGGUUCACCACAAGAUGCAAACCCCUGGAUAACCCAUCUAGUAUGUCCAGGCCCAUGGCAACACGAUCGCCCGUAUCUCCGCUGAGUAACCAGGGCAUCCCAACCCCUGCACAGCUCACCAAGUCCAACGCGCCUGUACACAUCGACGUGGGCGGCCAUAUGUACACCAGCAGCCUGGCCACAUUAACAAAGUACCCUGAGUCCAGAAUCGGUCGGCUCUUUGAUGGCACAGAGCCCAUCGUCCUGGACAGCCUCAAACAGCACUACUUCAUCGACAGGGAUGGCCACAUGUUCCGGUACAUUCUCAACUUCCUCAGGACCUCCAAACUCCUCAUUCCUGAUGACUUCAAGGACUACAGCCAGUUGUACGAGGAGGCGCGGUACUACCAGCUGCAGCCCAUGUUGUCGGAGCUGGAGCACUGGCGGCAGGAGCGGGAGCAGGGCCGGACUUUGCGGCCCUGCGAGUGCCUGGUUGUGCGCGUAGCCCCCGAUCUGGGAGAGAGGAUCACACUGAGUGGGGACAAGGCCCUCAUCGAGGACAUCUUCCCCGAGAUCGGCGACGUCAUGUGCAACUCUGUCAACUCCGGCUGGAACCACGACUCCACGCACGUCAUCCGCUUCCCCCUCAAUGGAUACUGCCACCUCAACUCUGUCCAGGUUUUGGAGAGGCUGCAGCAGCGCGGGUUCGAGGUCGUGGGCUCAUGUGGAGGAGGCGUUGACUCCUCUCAGUUCAGCGAGUACGUCCUGAGGAGGGAGGUCAGGAGGGGGCAACGCUGUCCCUCUGUCAUCAGGAUAAAACAGGAGCAGCUGGACUAGGGACCGGACCUGCUUCCCUGUACCAGGCACCUACGGACAUUUCAGAAGCUGCCGGAACUUGGCGGCGUACGUCAGGAUAAGUUUUGUUUUUUCCAUUUGUUUUAUGUUUUGAAAAUGAAGAACCACUGAACUUUAAAAAGAAGAUUUUUUUGUUUCUCUUGUCAGAAGACCAAACAGCAUGUCAUGAAUCCUCAGGAGUUCUGUGAUUGACAGCCCAAUAACCCCCAGCAAUCAAACCUGUUUCCGAGAUGAGAAGUUUGUUUUAAAACUUUGAGAAAUCAAAUCACAUCUUCAUUCCCCCAUGUACAGCUGGUUAUCCUCCUUUUGUCACACCUGACAUGAAUCCUCUGUCAUCUCCUACCUGUUACUUGAGUGAUUACAUAGACUGUGCAUGAUGUUCAGAAGCAAAAGUGGGUUUGACACAUGCUGGGAUUUUCAUAUGGUUUGCUUUUUGUAAAUAUCCAAGAUUAGCAGAUUAUUCUGAGGAGGGAGCUGGUAUAGGCUCCGAUACAUUUGAAAUUUCAUAAUUAAAAGGAUAAAAAAAGCUUAAAGAAUAUUUGAUUGUGGUUGAAAGGAAUGGCCAAACUGAAUUUUAAUUGCAUAAAUUGACUUUGGAUUUCAGUAUAUGAAAUUGGAUGUCAUGGUUUGAAAUUUGGUUUACACAGCAUUCAAUUCCCACUUUCAGUUUCAAGUAAAACUUUCAAUGUGCUUUCAGAUUCAGUUCUCACUUUACAAUGUCAGUUCUCCAACAUGCAUCUGUGUACUAAGAAAAGACAAAAUGUCCAUUUGGAGAGACCUGGACCAACUAAGCAUACUGCUCGGAAGUAGCAGAUAUCUUUCAGAAUAACACACAGGUUCUCCACAGAUAUGGACAGGAAUUGCAUAGAACCAGUCAGAUGGUUAUUGAGAGACCUUUGCUGAGGGAUUCCCUGAUCUAUGAGGUGAGGUAUUUAUGGGUAUCUGUGCACUCUUAAAUAUCUCAUCUAGUCUUGGUUGUGGCAGGAAAACAAAGACAAAAACAGUGGAGUGUUUCAGACAGAGCCUGUUCCUGAUUAUUCCACAGUAUGGGGUAGGAGAAUCGUGAGAGUGGCAAACAGCUGCAUCGCUCCAGGGCAUUGGAUCGGGCAUAAUUAUACAUGUAGUGUCUCUGUCAUGACGUAUCUUCUGGAGUCCUUUUUACUAUUGCCAAAAUGGUUGCAUUCUUGCCUUAUUUUAACCAUGCACAAGCAAGCAUACACGCACAUGCGCACACAUGCACACAGUUGCACAAGAUGAAAAACAUUAUUUCCCACUUAUUUUGAGAGCCAAGGAGCAGCAGCAGUUUAACUAGACAGGAUGCAUAUGAGUAUGGGAGACUGGGGAUGGUUGUCACACGGGUUGGUUGUUGGUUGCAAUAUCUUGCUCCCUAGGGUGCUGUUCAAAGAUUUUGGUAUCAAAAUGUUCAGUUUUGGGGUCAGAGUGAAUGAGCCAUGCAUCAUUGUAGUGAGGGGUGGUUCAAUGUUUUUCAUGUCAAAAAGUCAAACUUCCACUCAUUGAUGUUUUUCUUCUCUACUUCCAUACUAUUAAUCUCAACAAUGAUCAACAUUCAGAAUUGUGAAGGGAGGGCUAUCAUUUAUAUUGUUUUUUCUUUCAUUAGGCUACAGCAUGUGGUCACUAGCUUAGCAAAAAUGCACUGUUGGGGAUGGUUGUCACAUUUACUUUGGGGUUGGUUGACAUGUCAUUUUUCAUGUCAAAUCUAUAGCCUCAAACAAAUGUCUAUCCCUACACUUUUUAAAUGUUAUUUGGUUAUGUCAAAUAAAUCAAAUAAAUGUGAUUUUUACCUAAGCAGUACCUUACUUCUUUGAGAAGUUUGCUAUGAAAGACACUCAUCCGGGCAUAUUUUUAUUUCAUUUAAACAGCCAAUGUGUUCUAAUUAAACAUCUUUGCUUGUUUGUUUUUAUGUAAUAGAUAUUUCAGAUUUCUGCAAAUGUAGAACUUGGUGACAAUAUUUAUGAAUGUUUAAAAAUAUUUUAUUUUUACUGAAAACUGUUCUUGUGACAGCCAUCCCCAUAUUGUGUGACAACCAAUCCUGUGACGGGGUUGGUUGUCACAGUGACACGUUGUCUUUGUGAGUUUCUAACUUUUUCUUAUAUUAUUGCAAGUGGAUAAAAGGUAUACAUAUUAUUACCUAAGACUUAAAGGGUUGCACUAGUGUUGAAAUGACUUAGGCCUAUAUGACGCACUGAAAUUGGGUCACAAGUCACAAGUGAGUAAAACGUGUGACAACCAUCCCCGGUCUCCCCUACUCUUCCCAGAGUGUGGUUGCACAGUAACAUCAGGUCUGUAUGUAAGGCAGCUGUACAUGAACAAGCAGUGGGAGAUUGAGGUCACCUGCAUUAGUUAAGUGACAUUACUGUUCAGUAAUAUAAGUGCAUGUUAUAUUCAUAUAGGCUGCAUCUCAUUUUUCUUUAGGUGCUUGAUGUUUUUAUCCAAGGCGACUUACAGGGGCAUUAAGGCAAACCACAAGCCAAAUCGCCAGAAAACAGUAAUGCUGGGUGUGGACAGUGGAAAGAGUUACGACAGUGGUUUAAUCUCCCACAGGCUGGCGCAGCGUUUUUAAUGAUUCCUGUUCUGUCUCUUCAAGGGUGUCCAUCCAUCACCGCGAUAAGUCAGGGGUUAAUAAACUGUGGAGGGCAGACGCUCUCCCAGGCGAAAAAUGGGAGACAAUGGGAGCCUUUCAGUGGAGCAGUAAAUAUAUUAUCUGUCAGCGGCGUUGCCCUGGGCGGUCCCCGCUUUGUAUCAACCCCCGGGCCAGCAUUGCUAAUGUUAAGCUAUGCGUCCGCCUCCGGCGGAGGCACGGGCUUCUGUCCAACGCAACGUGUCAUCUGCACUCAAGCACAGCAGCUCAGCCGAGUUUAUCAUACAUAAAAUAAAAAAUAAAAAACA